ACGGCGCGGGCCGGCGCGAGCGUGCGGCGCUGUGGCAGGGGUUUAGCAACUUUGGGUUGGCGCCGCUGCGCGUGUGGGUGUCGGGCUUUGAAAUGCAGCGGGAUUUAGUGAGUUUCCCGCUGUCCCCAGCGGUGCGGGUGAAGCUGGUGUCUGCAGGUUUCCAGACUGCUGAGGAACUCCUAGAGAUGAAACCAUCCGAGCUCAGCAAAGAAGUUGGGAUAUCUAAAGAGGAAGCAUUAGAAACUCUGCAAAUUAUAAGAAGAGAAUGUCUCACAAAUAAACCAAGAUAUGCUGCUGUAGCUGAGUCAGGCAAGAAGUGUACAGCACUGGAACUUCUUGAGCAGGAGCAUACCCAGAGCUUCAUAAUUACCUUCUGUUCAGCACUAGAUAAUAUUCUUGGGGGUGGAAUACCCUUAACCAAAACAACAGAAAUUUGUGGAGUACCAGGUGUUGGAAAAACACAAUUAUGUAUGCAGUUGGCAGUAGAUGUGCAGAUACCAGAAUGUUUUGGAGGAGUGGAAGGUGAAGCAGUUUUUAUUGAUACUGAAGGAAGUUUUAUGGUUGAUAGAGUGGUAGACCUUGCUACUGCCUGCAUUCAGCACCUUCACCUUAUAGCAGAAGCACAUAUGGGAGAGGAGCACCCAAAAGCUUUGGAGGAUUUCACUCUUGAAAAUAUUCUUUCCCAUAUUUACUAUUUUCGUUGUCGUGACUACACAGAGCUAUUGGCACAAGUUUAUCUCCUCCCAGACUUCCUUUCUGAACACUCAAAGGUUCGAUUAGUGAUAGUGGAUGGUAUUGCUUUUCCUUUUCGUCAUGACCUAGAUGACCUCUCCCUUCGUAGUCGAUUACUAAAUGGUCUAGCCCAGCAAAUGAUCAGCCUUGCAAAUAACCACAGAUUAGCUGUACUUUUAACUAAUCAGAUGACAACAAAAAUUGAUAGAAAUCAGGCCUUGCUGGUUCCUGCAUUGGGGGAAAGCUGGGGACAUGCUGCUACAAUACGGCUAAUCUUUCAUUGGGACCAAAAUCAAAGGUUGGCAACAUUGUGCAAAUCACCAAGCCAGAAGGAAUCUACAGUACUGUUUCAAAUCACACCUCAGGGAUUUAGAGAUGCUGUUGUUGCUCCUGCAUGUUCUUGGCAAACAGAAGGUUCAUUGAAUUCCCGGAAGCGGUCACGAGAAUGAGAAGAAGAACAGGAAUCCAAAGACUAAUCUUAAAGUAUACAUAUGUAUUGAUGCUGUAAGAUGUAAUGUAUACAAAGUAGUAGACUCAUUAUAAAAUGUAAACACACACUAUGGGAUGUUUGAAUCAAGAGCAUAGGAACUGAAUGUGAAAAACAUUUAAUUAGUAUGAUUCUCUGAAUUUUUCAAAAGCAGUUUUACAAUUAUAUUUUGCCCCAUUUUCUUUUUUAGUAACAUUCAGCAGAAAUGAUACAGGUAUUGUAUUUUUGCAGAUGUGGAAAGCUGAUCUCAUGUGGCCAGUGUGAAUUUACCAUUCAGACUGUUUUUUCCUCUUUUGCUAAUUGCAUAGAAAACCCUUGGAAGAAAAUAUUUUUUUCACAUUCCUAUUUUGUUCUCCUCUUUAAAUGUAGUUUUCAUAAUUCUUAAAAAUGACUUGUUUUUAUUAUUGUAAUGAAAAGCCAGCACCAUGAGUCAGCAUAUUAUUGUAUUCAGUGUUAAUGGUAGGAUAUAAACUUUACAUGACCAAUGUGAUUUUAGUCACCCCAAUCCUAAAAUCUAACCCAUUUGUGUAUUUUUUUAAUGUUAUUUUAUAAUGUUAAGGGAAGGACUUUGGAGCUGUUACCCUAUCUAGAAAUUGUCUAUAACAUACAUCUUCCAGAAUAGUGAAGUUGAUAAAUUUACAGUUAUUUAUCUCUA